AUGUCUUCCGAGCUUGAAGCGCCUGUGAGGUUCGGCACUGUUAUACGAGAAUUUGGCCCUCCGAAGGAGGUAGUAGCAUACGAAUCGUAUAAGCCACAGGUCCCUGGCCCCGGUCAAGUGCGGAUCCGUAUGCUUUUGGCCUGUAUCAAUCCGUCAGAUUUGGUGACAAUAUCCGGAGCUUACGGAUCGAGGACCUCGCUACCUUUUGUACCGGGGUUCGAAGGAGUUGGUGUGAUCGAGUCCGUCGGCGCAGGGCUAUCCGAAUUGCGUGUGGGACAGCGGGUGUUGCCGCUCGGGAGUGCAGGCGCCUGGCAGGACAUGAAGGUUACUGAAGAACGCUGGUGCUUCCCCGUGCCACUGGACUUGACCGAUCAACAAGCGGCGAUGGCAUAUAUCAAUCCACUGACGGCUUGGAUGAUGGUACGACAAUACGCGCCCAGUCCACCUGCAGUGGUAGCAGUCAACGCAGCCGCGUCCGCUAUCGGGCAGAUGAUCAUUCGCCUGCUUAAUCGCGCCGGCAUACAGCCGAUAGCCCUGAUUCGACGGCCUGACGGCGAACGUCAACUCUCCGAUCAGCUCGACCUCUUGGCUGUGGUCUGCACAUCUGAAGCCGGACUCCGGCACAAGCUAAGUUUAUUGAGUGGUGGCCGUGGCUUGGCAGUCGCAUGGGAUGCAGUUGGCGGAACCGAGGGAGAUGAUCUUGUACGCAGUCUUGCUCCAGGCGGAACCCUUGUUCAUUAUGGGCUUCUCUCCGGCAUACCCUUGUCGUACCGUUUGCGCGAAGAGUGCCCGGAGGCGCGAAUUGUACUAUUUCGGCUCAGAGACUGGAUCCACACGACCGAACGACAUGAGCUGCAGCGUGCGUUAGACGAUAUGUUUGAGCUCGUUCGGGAUGGCACCGCGGCGUCAAAGGUGGCAGCUGUGUUCCCACUUUCGGAGAUUCGGCAGGCGCUGGAGUGCGAGGCUACUCCGGGCCGGCAGGGAAAAGUGCUGUUAUCUAUGUUCAAUGAUAUGGAAACCACUCACUUCGAUUGA